AUGGGAAAAUACCGACCGAGACAAAAGCGAGCUGGCCGUCAAGUACGGGCCAGAGUGGCCAACAGCGAGGCCAACAUAGAGAACAACAUAAGCGAGACAACCCAAAACGUGACUCAACAAGUGGGGGCUGCUCCGGGAAACAGCCGGGGCCAGAUUGAUUCUUUGCCCCGGCACGAUGAGCACACGGACAUUGGAACAGAGGGGGCGAGGGCGACUCUGGCGGCUCGCAGGGAGCAGGACCGCCAGGGGGCAGCAGCAGCAGCUGCUGCACAGGAAGUCGUACCGAGUGGGUAUGAAGAGGGUCAGCUGGUGGCCCACGGGUCGGCGUGGGCUUCUGGCGCCUGGGUGGAGCCGCGCGGCCAGCUCCGGCCAGUUCGUGGCGCUCGUGGCGCCGGGUCCCACGGGCAGCUGCCGGCGCUCGUCUGCGUCGAGUGUUCGGAGUACAUCGGCGCGGAGCUGUACACGAACUGCAACAGGUGCGGCGAGCCGGUCCACGCUGCGUGUGGGCACCGUGGCCAGGACCCCUACGGACCCACGCAGGAGCUGUACUGCAGUGAGUGCCUGCAGCGACUCGAGGAGCUCCUCUGGGCGGAGCGCGUGCAAGGCGAGGUAGCAUCCCAGCGUCGUUCUGGCAUGGCUUCCCAGGCCCUAUCGACGACAGCUGGCGUCGUCGCCAGCAGUGCUUUUGUUGUUGGGGCUGCUGUUGGGGCGACCGCAGCCACUGCGGUUCGCGCGGCUGGCGCCGUCUCCCGGGGCAUCGUCGCUGGAGUGGAGCUGGCCCGGCCGCGGCAGGAGGAGACCGCGGAGAUCCCGGCUGGCACUGAGCACGCCGCCUUGCCGCCGAUGCCAGAGGAGGGGAGCAGGGAGGAGCAGGCGCGCGUCCUGCUCGCGGCACGCGUGCCGCAAGGGCUCAGGAUGAGGAGCGCAAUGAGGCGAGGAGUGGCCACGGCCUGCAGGAGAGGGCACGAGGGCCCGCUGGACUCCAGGAGGAAGGAGGGCGGCCGUGCGAGGAGCAGGUUGGACGUGGUGGACGUCCCUCGGGCGCAGUGCGGAGGCCGGAGGUGCUUCCACAGAGGUUUGGAUACGAAGCUGAUCGUCGUGGGGCUCGCGCGGAAGCACGUGGAGGUGCGGACGAGCGGCUCGACCACCAGCCGAGGUUUCGUGCAGAGGGCCCUGCACGAGGAGGGUAUCAGGGUGCUGCGGGAGAGCGAGACCGCCGUGGGUUUCCAGGUGGAGGCGGUGGAGGUGCACCGCCGCCUGGAGGAGGUGCACCGUCGCCUGGAGGACAGCGAGAGCGUCGUGGACAGGACGAUGGCGCUGGUCGCGGAGGAAUGUUCAGGGAGCGCCGGACGCACGAACAUCAGGGUUAAGGCGGAGGUCGAGUGGCCGAAGUACGACGCCACGGACAUCUACUACGACGUGGAGGGUUACCCAGCCCAGGAGAAGUUGGAGAUGCUUCGAGGCGGACUCUCCGGCGUGCCGCUCUUGGACUUCAAGACGUUCGUCGACGACAACGAGCUGCGCAACGCGACGCUCGAAAGGGGCACGGAUUCCGCGCGUGAGGAUUUGUGGCAGGAGGUUGAGGCUUAUCUUAAGCGUUCUUUUCAUCGACCUCUUCUGGAACGCCAGCGGCGGGCUCGUGCUGAGUACAACGCCUGUUCGAUGAGGAACGGGGAGAUCCGGGAGUACAUGGCCUUCCAGACCGACAACAAGCGCUGCUUGAAGAAUCUGGAGCGGAGUGGCCUGGCAAAGGCCCGCGAGGAGGUGAAGGUGGACUUCAUCGAGAAGCUGACGGAGGAGUGCGCUACCCAUCUUAUGCUGACCCCGUACACGGACGCUCGUACAGGGAAUGUUGGCUUGGUGCGGGAUCUGGAGGCCGCUAUGGAGAUGGCCCGGUCGUUCUUCGCCGUGCAGGACACGAAGCGCGUGGUCUUUGCCGCGGAGGAGAUUGAGGUCAACCGCGAGGCACGGUUCGGCGGCCGGCUGGGGCAACCGAGCCACGGCUUCCGCUCGAACCCCCAAGGUGCCGGUUUCAACACGGACCGGCUGAUCGGCGACAUCCUCAUUUCCCGGCUCCGCCGUCCAGCCCAGCAGCUGGUGGAGGAACGCUACGCGUUCGACGAGCUGGAGGACGAGGCGGCCCUACCGACAGAGGAGAUCCCCUUCCCUGCCGACGACGCGCCCUCCGGGCCGCCCGAGGCGCAGCUGGCCGUGUCCCCGCCCUUGCGCCGGUUCGCGGACAUCGCGAACAUUCGGCCGCGACCUCGCCCAGAGCCGGGCCGCAACCACAAGCUGUGGAUCUCCUUCGGGGGCGUGCGCGUCAAGGGCUGCAAGGACACAGGCGCGGCGGCGACGACGAUUCCAGAGAGCCUGGUGAUGCGUAUCAUCCGGCAGCACGCCGACACCGAUCCUGGCUCCAAAGAUUACCCCAUUGGGGAGCUGAUGGAGUACCGGCCGCCUAUCAGGCUGAUAGGGUUCGCUAGCGCGGAGCCGGUGGACAUCAAGUACGGCUGCGUCCUCUACACCACCUUCCACGACUAUCGCGGCUCUUCGAAGACCGUGCCGAUCGAGUACCGCGUCGUCCCAGACGAGCGCGAUGGCGGAGGCUAUCCUCUGCUCGGCGCCCGCACUGUGGGGCCAGAGGGGUUGCACAUCGACACGACUCUGGAGCACCACGUCGUGCGGAAGUUGGGCCUGACUUGUGCUCGUGCUGAGCUCGGUCGCCCGUGCGGCCGCGAGGAGGUCGCUGAGGAACAGCGCGGGGUUCAGCACGUCUUCCGGGCCACGGAGGAUGUCUACGUGCCUGCCGGCGAGGAGCGGGUGGCCAAGGACGCGCCGCUGCACAUCGAGCCAGGCGCGCCCGUGGCGAGGCUAGCGCCCUGUCUUUCGGCCUCGGCCUUGGCGCAGCGCGAGCAUGACUUCCGCUCGGCGUUUCGUGCCGCAGAUCCUACGGUCAUCGAGCACCUCGUUCGCCUCUCCGCUGUCCUCGAGACGGCGGCCAACGGUGGACUGUCGUUUAAACUCUCGAAGUGCCAGCUGCUCCAGCCCGAGCUGCGCCUGCUUGGCACGAUCACGGGGCGGGAGGGGCAGAAGCCUGACCCAGCCAAGGUCCAGGGCAUCAUGGACUUCCCACCGCCCACGACGAAGGGCCAGUUAGGGGAGUUCUUCGGCAGCGUGAACUGGUUGAGGCCAUUCUUGUCGACCGCGUUUUCGAGGGAGAGCGCGGGACUCCGCAGGUACCUCAAGAAGGAGGUGGACGACAACUACGGCGCUUUGGAUGAGGAGGGGAUGGCUUCCUUCCGCAUGAUCCAGAAGCUCGUCGCGGAGUUCAUCGCCCUCUGCGUGCCGGACUACGCGGCCGCGGCGGACUGGGAGCGCACAGGUAGAUGCUUCGAGAUCGUUCUUGAUGCUUCGCUCCUGGGCGGAGGCGCGGCGCUCUUCCAGCUGGACGCCGAGCUCGGCAAGCCGCGACCUCUUGCUAUGUGUUCCCGGUCGUUCACUACGGCGCAGCAGGAGUGCGGCGAGAAGGUGAUCCGGUGGUGGGGCAUCAUCCUUCAGAGCGGCGUCAUCGUCUGCUUCUUGGCUGGCAAAGUGAACCCUUCCGAUGGUUUGUCCAGGAACCCCCGGGAUCGUGACGCCUUGCUGGCACGGCGGGCUUGGCUGCUCAAGAACCCCUCGGAGCUCGCCGCGGACUUCAAGCAGACGGAGUUCGAGGACACCCUGACUCUCCAACAGCUUGCGGACGCUCGAUGGUCGCUAUUCCGGUCUCCUUGGGAGUUGGAGGAGGUGGAGGCUGGGGAGGUGUUCGUUGCCACAGGAGGUGGAGGAUUCCGCAACAUCCUGAAGGUGCUCGCCGUGCCUUCUUGGGAGGCCGUCGAGCCCGGCACAUUCGCGAAGGAGGUGGAGAGGCUGCUCGUGGCCGCCCGCUCCGAAGAGGCUGAUCUCUUCGCGCCGCUCGUGGUGGAGGCCGACGCGCCCAUGGUAGACGAGGAGGGCUUGGGCUUCUGGUUCCGCCAGCCGCGGGGGCCAGACAGCGCGUCCUCCCGCAAGGAGCUGCGUCGCUCGCUCUUCACGGCCGUCCUGGAGCUUCUGCGGCAAAUGCGCCGCCGGCCACCCCACGUAGUCGUAGCGUUGGGCCAAGGUGCUGUUGUGGCCGCGUUCGCCUGCCACCCUGCUGUCCGCGAGCUGGUUUACCGGCACCGCUUCGUCCAGCCUUUCGAGUCCGAGGCGAUGGAGUCGGCGGCCAAGGGCGUUGCGCAGUGGUUCUUCGUGCAUGCUGCCGCUGUGCUGCGCGCGGGCCUGAUGUCGAGGCUCUUCGACCUCGUGCCGGAGAUGACGCCACUCCCCGACGUGUGGUCUGAGCACCAGGUGCAGCGGGGAGCAAGCUCGCGUUCUGACGCUCGCUGUCUGGCCGCGCGCUUCCCGAACGGCGCGGUGCUGGAGUGCGGAGGAGGCCGUCGCGAUUUCGCUGCACUGAAGGUCCGAGGAUUGGGCCGCCUAGCCGGGCCGCUCCGUCCGUACGUCGUCACGGCCCAGGAGCUCGACCCCGUGUGCUCCAAAAUGCUCUGGUACCUGAGCUGGGAGACGGAGAAGGUCGUGAAGCCUAGCGUGGACCUCCGGGCCCACGGCCUCACGCAGGAGGAUGCGGCCCGCUUGAGGAGGGAGGCUGCCAGGUUCUGCAUCGGCGAAGACGGUGCUUUGCUUCGACGGCUGACUCCGGAGCUCCCUGGAGAUCCGGCCGCAGUCCCAGUACUUCCGGCAGGAGCGUUGAUUCCCGAGGUGGAGCGCGAUCCCCACCGGGAUCGCGCCGUGAAAACGACGUGGAGGAACUGGGCGAUGCUGGCCGCCCACGCGGGCGAGUACGGCGGCCAUGCGAAGCUGGAGGAGGCCCUUGUGAAAUUGAGGGCGACAGCAUGGUGGAGUUCGAUGUCCAACGACCUGGCUCGAUUCAUCGAGCGCUGCCCGACUUGCGCCUCAGACCGUCGCCCGGGUCGGUUGGCCCUCACCCGGUCUGAGCAUCCGCGGACCCCAUUCGACACCGUCCAGAUCGACUUGCAGGGGCCGUGGUGCCCUGGCAGCAAGGAAGGGUGGCGAUACGUCUUCACUCUGAUCUGCGUCUUUACUCGGUACCCCACGCUCCGCAGCCAGAACACGAAGUCCAAGACGGACACGGCCAGAACCUUCUCAUCCAUCAUCUGGGAGUUGGGCACGUUCCCGAGGGUCGUGCAGAGCGAUAGGGGCCGCGAGUUCGUGAACGACUUGAUGCAGGAGGUCUUGGUGCUGCUCCGCAUGCGGCCGUAUACCACACCGGCCUACACCCCGAGGAUCAACGGCAUCGUCGAGAGGAGCCACCAGCAGAUGGCGACGACGUUGCGGCUGCUGGUGCACGAGCUCGCCAAGAGCUCCCCGCAGCUGUGGGGCGAGUUUCUGGCGUGCCUGCAGUACCACCUCCGCCAUCACCGGGUUGCGGACAGCCAGGACGAGUGGCUUCGCUCGAUGGUCGUGGGCUGGAAGGCCAUCACGUCCCGCUUUAAGGCCUACUUGGACGACUACGAGGUGAAGGCAGCCAUGGCGAGGGACCGCAAGGCGCGCUGGCAGGUCUUCCGCGCGGGCGACAUGGUCAUGCUCGAGCGGCCGCCGCGCGUGGGCGACCCGAGCAAGGGCCUCCUCGAGGCGAUGGAGGGCCCGUACCGCAUCAUCCGCAUGAUCGGGGAGCACCGCGCAGUGCUGGCGGAGCUGGACAGCGAGACCUUGGUUCCGCGCGCGCCGGCUGGAGAGCACGGCAUCGCGACUUCUCGAUUGACCCUGGUGCCGGCGGCCGUUUGCCGCCCACUGCGGUUGGACGAGGAUUCGCCGUCCGCCGAGGCGCCGCUUCUACGAGAGGAUGCACGGCGGCGGUGGUCGAAGGCGACUCCUGGCGUGCUGUUGCUGGCCGAGGGUUCGGACGGAGCUUUCCUCGGCGAGGUGAGGGUGAGCUACCCUCGUCGCCUCUUGGUCUCCCUGGCCCGCUUUGGCAUGCGAGCAGACGGCACGUGGGCCCGGCUCUACCUGCGUGCUGACGGAGUGGAGACGUUCGACCCGACCCUGACCGAGGUGCGCGCCGACGUUCCCUACGUGGAUCUUCGCGCGGAGGCUCGUUUGUCUGACAGUCGCCUGGACGCGCGCUCCCGCAGAGCAGCGGAGGCGUUGCAUUUGACAUUUCGGCCUCAUGCAGCGCCUGCUGCCGAGGAGCCGCCGGCGCGUCCUGAGGACAUAGCCGCUGCUUCGCCGACUCUGGAGGACACGUUUCCGGAGGUGCCCAACGUAUUCAUCGACGGCUCCCGGAGGUCCGUCGUGCCGAAGGCCAUGGACGCCGACGAGCUUCGGAGGAUCAAGACGGACGAGAUUGUCUUCGAUACGGCAGCCAGGUCGACAGCACGGUACGCCGAGAUCAUCGCUUUCGAGGCUUGGCAGCUUGCCCGUGCCAACCCCCACAUAUCAGAUGAGGAUCGUGCAGCCUUAGUGUGGGUGUGUGUGGAGUGGCGGGAGGCCCUGUGGAUCGAAGGCGCAUCAUUCACGCGAGUGAGCGGUGCUGCCUAUGAUGUCGACGUGGCCGGUGCUGCCCCGAUCUCGCAGCAGCCGUAUCGCAAGAGCCCUGCUGAGGCUGCAAAAUGCGAGGCCCACAUAUCAAAGAACUUGGCGAUGGGGCUUCUGACACGACACGUUGGCGCCUGGUCUACGCCGGCCUUCGUGGUCCCACAGGCGUCGAAGCCGAACGGGCGCCUGGUGUGCGACUAUCGUCGUGUUAACGCCGUGACUCGUCGCAUGUACUACCCGAUCCCGCGGGUUGAUGAUACAUUGCGACGGUGUGCUGGCAGACGGUGGCUUUCUUCGCUGGACGCCGUGAGCGGCUUCAAUCACCUUCCUCUGACGCCGCGGGCACGGGAGAUUUUGGCAAUUUGCACUUUCUCUGGUCUCUACGCGUGGGAGUCCCUGCCAUUUGGGCCAUGCGACGGGCCGCAGGCUUUCCAGGCAGUGAUGCGACGUGUCUUCGACGGCUACGCGGCGGACUGGUUGGCUAUCUACAUAGACGACCUGUGCAUUGCCAGCGGAGCGGCUUGA